AUUUUUGCAAUACUCCAAACGAUGAUUUCAUGACUUCAAUUUCGAACUAAAGCUUCCCUUUUCCCAGAGUCCAAACACCAACCCAUUACAUUGUUCCCCUAUAUAUUACUACAGACAGUUAACAAUGGAGGUUCAAAUCACAUCAAGAAAGCUCAUCAAGCCAUCAGUUCAAACGCCUCCUCACCUUCAAAUUCUGAAACUUUCGAUUCUUGAUCAGUAUCCAUAUUAUGUACCCAAUAUUUUCUACUACACCAAUGCCAACCACGAAAUAGAGAACAUCAACACACAGAACCUAGUUGAGCAGCUAGAGAAAUCAUUGUUAGAAGUCUUAACGCUCUUUUACCCUCUAGCAGGAAGAUUCAUCAAAGACAAACUCAUAGUUGAUUGUAAUGAUGUUGGGGUAGAAUUCUUGGAAGCUAAAGCUGAUGGAGACCUCAGUCAAAUUCUCCAGCAAGAGCCCAAACCAUACGAGCUGCUUCGUCGUUUUGUUCCUUCUUUAGCAGAAUCUGCCACUAGUCCUUUAUUGGCUAUUCAAGUUAACAUUUUCAAGUGUGGAGGGCUAGCAAUCGGUGUGCUCAAUUCGCACAGGAUAGCUGGUAGAUGGACCAUGUCAAGAUUUAUCAAUGCAUGGGCUACAACUCAUUUUCAUGAUCAAGGGAUUAGUAAAGUUACUCCUCAAACCUUCGUUUCACCAUUCAACUUCCCGGAUUCCAGCAGGCUCAGGUUUCCAGUACCUCCACCUCACAUGGCUAGUAAGAAAAUUGUCUCGAAAAUAUUUCGGUUUGACAGGGAAGCAAUAGAGAAACUGAAAUCUGAAGUAAUUAGCGGUGCUGAUUCUGGAGUCAAGCAUCACCCUUCGCGUGUGUAGGUGGUCUCAGCACUUAUAUGGAAAGCUCUUAUCAGUGUGGCCAAAGAGAAGCAUGGAUACCUCAGGUCUUCUUCAAUGAGUCUGCCUUUCAAUUUGAGAGGAAAAGUUGGUGUCCCGCUAGAUAAUCAAUGUGGAAACCUUUGCAGGCCUAUCUUAGCUCGGUUCGAUGCAAAAAAUCAGAGCAAACUCGUGUUGAGUGAGCUUGUGAGUUUGAUAGGAGAUGCUAAGAGAAGAGCCAGUUCGGAAUGCGUAAAGGCCAUAAACAUUGCUGAAAUGUUUUGAGUGGUGACUAAUUCUUUUGCAGAGAUGUU